CAGACCAAGUCCCCCCCUCCAUGAAGCACCCCCUGCCACGAAGCCACCCCCAAGCAUGGGGGUCUGGUGAGGAGCCCCCCAACCCCACCAGAGUCCCCCGCAGCCUCUGCCUGCACUGCAAGGAGCAAGAUGCCUUCUUCAGUCUCUUGGAAGACACAGUGGUGAGGGAGUUCUUCUCUAUGGACAUGUUCUGCAGGAUCUCUGAUAAGUACCUGUUGGCCAUGGCGUUGACGUACUUCAAGCGCGCCGGGCUGCCCAUCAGCGAGUACACCCGCAUCAACCUCUUUGCUGCCCUGUACCUGGCGAGCGACAUGGAAGAGGAUGAGGAGCACCACAAGUACCGCAUCUUCCCAUGGGCCUUGGGCCGCCGCUGGCGCCGGCUCUUCCCCCGCUUCCUCCGGCGCCGCGACCGCCUCUGGGCCCGCAUGAGCUACCGGGCGGUUGUCAGCCGGCUCUCCUGUGAGGAGGUGAUGGCAGCUGCCCCCCAGCACUGGGCCUGGCUGCGGGAGCGGCCCCUCCAGCACAGUGGGGCCCUGCGCCCCCACCACCGGGGCGAGGAGGAAGAGGAAAGCAACGGCUUCAUCCUCGGCUGCCCCAAAGGGCACUGAAUUGGGCUGAAACCAGCCAAAACUGGGGCCUCUCCGUGCCCCCAACGCACUUUUUUGUCUGUCGUCUCCCCCCCCCCCCCCCCCCCCCGUGGGGUUUUAAUGCUCGAUUUUGGCAAUAUCCCCCCUUAUUUAUAACCACAAUGGAUAAAAAUCACCCCCAAUUGCUUGUUUUGUACUUGUUGCCUGAUGAUUUUCCCUAUUUUUCUUGGGUUUUGCCUCAAAACUCAUGUAUCUCCCUCCUAUGUGAGGCUCAGCACCCAUUCCCCCGACCCCUUUUUUCACUCAAAAAGCAGGGAAAAUGGGC